UCUCAAUUAUUAAGCAGCUUUUCCUCUCAAUUAAUUUUGUUUUCCUCAAUUUGCCUCUUGCUCCCAUGAGGAAUCCCUCGAUGCUUACCCCUAUUGUUUCCAUCUUCUGCUUAUUCUUCCUUCUUCAUCAAAUCACACUAGUAGCUUCUUCCACACCUCCUCGUUAUGUCCCUGUUGAUGAUAUUACCCUCGACUGUGGCAGUGCCACUUCUGGCAAGUCGAUGGAUUUGAAUGGGCGUGACUGGACUGGAGACUUUCUGUCCAAGUACUUUCCCGAAGAACUUAAUAAUCUCAAAUCUAAAAUCUCUAAAGCCCCAGUAGGUCGCGUCGUCACAGGAGCCCCUUACUCCACUGCACGUAUAUCUUAUUCUCAAUUCACGUACGUAUUUCCAGUCACCGUUGGUCCGAAAUUCGUUCGUUUGCACUUUAACUCAGUCAUUUACCCAGGUUUUGAAGGGUCUAAGGCCUUUUUCACUGUCAUAGCAGGUUCGUUCACCUUACUUAGAAACUUCACUGCUUUCGUUCCUGAUGAUUCUUUGCAGGAAAAAACUUUCUUCAAAGAGUUCUGCAUCAAUGUCGGGAAGGAUAAAAAAUUGAACUUAACCUUCAUCCCUUUUUCAACUACUUUCCAUGCUUUCAUUAAUGGAAUUGAGAUUGUGUCCAUGCCUGCCGACCUGUACUACAAGCCACAAGGUGAAAGUGAGGAAAGCAUUCCGAAACUCAGCGGAAAUCCUUUCUACAUAAACGAUGACAUGGCACUCGAGAUGGUUUAUCGAUUAAACGUUGGUGGGUACUUGAUAGGACAAACGGACGACACUGGCUUGUUUAGAGAAUGGCCCAGAGAUGAUAAUUAUUUCAAGGGUGAAGGCCAAAUGCCACACGACCAAUCUAUGGUACUCCGCUACACAAAAGUACCAAAUUACACAGCACCAGAUGAUGUCUAUCGGUAUGCAAGGACAAUGGGUUUUAACCGCACCAAGAACAGGCUUUCCAAUUUGACGUGGGAAUUACCAGUUGAUAUGGGAUUUUAUUACCUGGUGAGGCCUCAUUUCUGUGCAAUAGACCCCAAUAUGAAUGUCGUUGGUCAGUUCAUCAUAUAUAUAGACUAUCUUAUUGUCGACCCAGGUGCUGAUGUAAUAUUAUGGACUGACCAAAUCGGUACGCCUAUUUACAGAGACUAUGUAGUAAUGAUCCAAAAGAAGGGAGUUGAGGACAACAGCCAUAUUCUCUCGAUUGAUCUACAGCCUCGUACAGACUCUCUUAACGAAGAUCCCAUUUUAAACGGUCUGGAAGUGUUCAAACUGAGCAAUACUGACGGCAAUCUUGCUAAACACGGUGCGGAAAUUAUCGAUCUUCAUCAACCAACAACCAUGAUGUCCAAGACAAAGAAAUUCAUUGCCAUUGGAAUUGGUACCGGUUUCUUGGUCCUACUCUUUCUUAUGGGUUGCAUGGUAUUUUGGAAAGUAAAGAAGUCGAAACGCUACGUUUCUUACUACCCACCAUCAAGGUGCUGGUGCUUGUGCUGGCUGAGGCUCAACCCAUACAAAGGAAAGCAAACAGGGAAAAAGACAUCCUCACUGAGGAAAGAACAGUGCCAUCACUUUUCACUUGCCGACAUCAAAAUUGCAACCAACAACUUCCAUGAAGAUUUAAUUAUAGGAAAAGGUGGCUUUGGCAACGUAUAUAAGGGUCAAAUUGAUGAUGAGGAAACCAUGACCGUGGCAAUCAAGCGUUUGAACCCUGGGUCGCGACAAGGUGCCCACGAGUUCCAAACUGAGAUUGAGAUGCUCUCUCAGCUCCGAUAUGUUCACCUAGUCUCUCUUAUCGGAUACUGCAACGAGAAGGGUGAGAUGAUCCUUGUCUAUGAUUACAUGGCUAAUGGAACUCUCCGUGAACACCUUUAUGACACAAACAAUGACGCACUCCCAUGGAAAAAGCGGCUCGACAUAUGCAUUGGAGCGGCACGUGGAUUAGACUACCUUCAUAGAGGUGUGAAGCAUACUAUUAUCCAUCGAGACGUGAAGACCACCAACAUUCUAUUGGACGACAAAUGGGCUGCCAAGGUUUCAGAUUUUGGAUUGUCUAAAAUGGAUCAAAAUAAUACUGCAGUUAGUACCAUGGUUAAAGGUACCUGGGGCUAUUUGGAUCCGGAAUACGCACGUUGUCAAAAGCUUUCAGACAAGUCUGAUGUGUACUCAUUUGGUGUAGUGUUGUUGGAGGUAUUAUGUGCCCGAAAGGCACUAAAUCAAAAACUAGAGGAAGAAGAAUGGAACCUGGCCCAUUGGGCUCGAAAGUGCAUUGAGAGAGGGACAAUCAAUGAAAUCAUUGAUCCAUAUUUGAAGGGGAAGAUAGCUCCAGUGUGUUUCAAAGUGUUCAUGCAGAUUGCAGAGAGUUGCACGCGUGAUCAAGGCAUCCAACGGCCCACAAUGGGUGAUGUGGUGGAAAAGCUCAAGUUGGCAUUGGAUCUGCAAGAGAAUGCGGACGCUGAGAAAGAGAGUAUCAAUCCUAGUGGUGAGCAUAUUUACUUGGAUACAUUAUCAUUUUGUAUUGAUGUUACGAAUGGUCUUUGGGCUACUAAUGUUCACAAGGAACACGGGAUGACAUCGGAUAGCACAGGGAUUGGGACUGGGUUAACAUGUUCAAGUUUUGAGAUGGAUGGUAUCACAUCUCACAAGACAUUUUCAUAAACUCCACUAAAGUUUAGGAAAUGGGUUUUUGUCUUUUCUUUUAUUUACUUUUAGAUUCAUAAAUAAAGUUCUCAAUCUAGGUUGUACUAUUAAGCAGAUUAAUUAUUAUAAUUAUGUUGUUAUGAAGUCUUGUGAAAAUAUAAGGUGAUGUCAAGAUCUUGCCAACUAGAAAUUAUAGUGACGAGAUCUUGCCAACUAGGCCCUCGAUUCCCAAAAUGGCUUCAAACUCAGAAAAAUUUAUCUUGGCUUGAUAUUUCUAAUUCUAAAAUUUCAGAUACUCUUUCCAAUUCAA